AUGACCGAUUAUUCAGCGCAUAUUAGCGAAGACAAAGUUUGUUACGGUGCCGCAUUUUUCAACAUCUCUUCUCACGGAAUCUUGGAAAGCUAUGAAACUCCGAGUGUCAUCUUCGGAUACGCAUUGCCUCUUCUUGAGAUGCAAAUCCUUCUCAUCUUCGUUUUAGUCGAAUUGUCCCAAAUUUUCCUUAAAAUUAUUGGCAUACCACAGUUCAUAUCUUACAUGCUCGCCGGAUUACUUCUGGGACCUCACCUGCUUGAUUUACUGGAGUUUUCUUCCGACCGGUUAUCGUUAGAUGCUGCGUUGGACGGAAACGUGGCGUUGGAAUGUGUGGCCAAGUUCGGGCUCAUAAUGUUCACGUUCUUGAUGGGCGUCAAGACCAACAAAAGAGCGGCGUUUCAAAUCAAUAAACGGACGGUUACCAUCGCGGUUUCGUCUUUUGUCGUGACAAUGGUCAGCGGAGUAUCCUUCAGAAAUUUCCGUCUAGACAAGAUCGAUCCUCUCUAUAUGCCUCUGAGGCUGGCCCCAACAGAACGCACCGUGAUUGCAGCGGUUCAAGCGUUAACGCUGCUACCGGUCGUGACGCACCUCGUAUAUGAGCUCAAGAUUCCAAACUCGGAGCUCGGCCGCCUCGCCAUAUCUAUCGCCUCCAUCAAUGAUCUCCUCGGAUUUAUCAAUCUGGCGUGCGUCUCCUACAUAGGAACAUACAGGUACGUAUCACCUGCAACAGCCAACCGCGACGCAGUGGCAAUGAUCAUCUUAGUUCUAGUGACCCUAUUCAUCAUAAAGCCUACGGCUCAACGGAUAGUCGACAUUACUCCGGAAGGCAAGCCUGUACGUAAACUCUACUUGUACGGAACAAUCAUGACCGCAAUCGCCGCGAGCAUGUACACAUCGUAUUUCAACCAAAUCAACGUUGUAGGAGCUUUAUUGGUUGGGAUGGCGAUCCCCGAUGGUCCGCCUUUGGGAUCAGCGUUAGAGGCCAAGUUCGAAAGAUUGGUUACUAAUCUAUAUUUCCCCGUUUCAGUCGCGGUCAUAACCAUGAAAGGUGACGUUAUGAAGGCAUUGUAUGCGUUCGAUGACAUAUCCGUUAAUAUAUUCCUGGUUUUUUUUACAUUUGUCGUGAAAUGGACUGCCUCUUUCGUACCUUGCUUGAUCUUCAAGAUACCUACUAGAGAAUCCAUUAUCCUCGCCCUUAUCAUGAACUACAAGGGUUUUGUUGACUUAUGCUUCUUCGAAGGCGCUGUUAAGAAAGGGAAUCUGUCGCGUGCAACGAACACGUUCUUGAUGAUUUACGUGCUAUUGAACGCGGGGAUUUUGCCUACUAUAGUGAAAGCACUAUACGAUCCAAAGAGGAAGUAUAUUGGAUACGUCAAGAGAGACAUUAUGCAUCUGAAAUCAAACUCAGAUCUCAAGAUUCUAACUUGUUUGCACAAACCGGACAACAUCUCAGGCGCGAUAUCUCUUCUUCAGUUGCUUACUUCGCCGCAGAACAACGAGGACAAAGAGAGAGGAGUCAUCGCGGUCACAGCGUUACACCUCGUGAAACUGGCCGGACGUGCGUUUCCCAUCUUAAUACCGCACGACAAGCGGUCUAAACCGCGGUUGCUUCAAAACUCUUACAUCCAAACAAUGAUGCUCGCUUUCAGCGAGUUUCAACAAGACAAUUCGGGAUCUACGACUGUUAGUUCCUUCACAGCUUACUCUAUUGAACAUCUAAUGGAUCAAGACAUUUGCAAUCUCGCUUUAGACCAGCUCACAUCGUUGAUCAUCAUCCCUUCUGGACGAAAAUGGUCACCCGAUGGAAUAUAUGAAUCGGAUGAUAUUAUGAUCAGACGUCUCAACGCUUCUCUCCUCGACAUCGCUCCCUGUUCUAUCGGCGUACUCAAUGACCGAGGCUACCGUAACAUGAAGAACAAGAAAAGGACUAAUGGUACCAUUAGCGUCGGUGUGAUCUUCAUUGGCGGUAAAGAUGAUCGCGAGGCCAUCUCGCUUGCCAAAUGGAUGAGACAGAACCCGAGAGUGCGUCUCACGGUGGUCCGGUUUUUGUCUGGUAAAGAACCAGACAAGUCCAAGAAUUGGGAUCACCUUGUUGAUAACGAGGUCUUGAAUGAUUUGAAAGAGACAUAUUCCAACGCCGAAAACUUCGCCUAUAGGGAGAAGAUAGUCUACGGUGGUCCCGCGGUGGCCACCACCGUCAAGUUGACGGCGGAAGACUUUGAUUUGAUGAUUGUAGGGAGAGAUCACGACGAUGAUUCACUGGAUUUCUCGGGAUUGGCGGAGUGGAUGGAGCUUCCGGAGUUAGGAGUCAUCGGAGAUUUACUUGCGUCUAAAGAUCUAAUAACUAGGGUUUCUGUUUUAGUAGUUCAACAACAGCAACAACAUGCAUGA